AUGUCCAGCACUCAAGCUGCACCGCCGCCCCUACCUUUAGCUCCUCGUCCCGCCCAAGCAGGCGCGAGUCGGAGCAUCUACGCAUCAUCUCAAACGCACACCGCUUUCCUCUUCAAUCAGCUCUUUCUCAUCCUCUCACAGCUGCAGAGCUCAUCGAGCAUAAGUCAAGAUGAUCAUCGGGCCAUCGUUGCUAGAUUGGAGAGGGUGCAGUUGAAGGAGACGGGUGAAGUGGAAAAGGAUGAGAACUUGAUGACGGAACGGGAAAAGGAGGCCGAGAGGGGAAAGAGAAAUGCUUGGGUUCAGAAAGCGGUGAGUGUCUGAAACGGCAUCCAAACGUGCUCUUCAUCGUCGCUAUGAUCCACGAGAUGGCGAAUCAAGUGAAUCAUGUGAAUGGCUUGAAUCGGCUUGCCUCCUCGAGGAAUUCCAAUCUGAAGCUGAAUUGGUUGCCGGUUUGCACUCACGACUCACGACUGCAGUCACCAGUGCACGGCGCUCGAUCGAGGCGACUGCAUGUCUGAUCUGAUCUUAAUCGAGCUGACACUCGAGUUUCACUUUCGUCUCAGAUAUCCGAAACGUGAGUCAAAAGUGAACUCGUCAUGCGCGCGGCGAAAAGUGCUGCGCCGUCUGAUGUUCAUUGCGAUGCAGCUGUUUGCAUGCAUGCUGGAUGCAUCACGCAAGUGCAAGUUUGACUGAGGUCUCCUACCCUCGCUGCUCCAACCACACUCACGACUGCUGCCUCACAGAUCGUUGCUGCCGACGCUGGUAGAGACGGCGCUAAACAUGACAGCCGGGCCAUUUCUAUCGGACAAUCAAGUCGACGCCAUCGUCCAGCUUGUAGAAAUGUCUCAGAACAAGAUUGCUGCAGCAGUGACUGAUCCAUCCUUGCAGCGCAAAGCCGAAACGGGCGUAGGGUCUGGCGCUCUGUCGGCUGGCAAGGGUAUUCGUAAAGGCUUCGCUUCGGCUGGAGACAAGUGGGAAAAUAUGCUCAGCAAGAGGUUGGAGAAGAAGGAGAUGGAAAAGAGCGAGAGGCAAGAAAAGAAGAGGAUGAAGGAGGAACUCAGGGCGGAGAGGGAAGAAAUCGUUAGGAAACGCCAGCAGGAGAUAUUGAGCGGCGCUGGCAGCUCCGCAGCAGCGAUGGAUGCUGCUACCGAGCGUGCAAAGAAUGAGAAGCAACCCUCGCUGUCGACGGCAACGUCUUUGGCAUCAUCUGGAACCCCACCGACUUUUCGGCAUGAGCUCAGCUCCACCUCGACGAGCCUCACAUCAGCCGCUCCCGCUCCCGCUUCUCGUACUCUGCCUCCUCCACCCACCUCCACGCCCGCCAAGCCCGUCGUCGCAGCGGAGGAGCCAUCGCAAGCAAAGGAUUACUCCAUCACGUCGGCGCAAGACGGCUUGGCCACAGCCACCAUCGACGUGCUCUCCCUCGACGGGUUCGAUGCUUCGAGCACCCAGAGUGCCGCAAGCACGAGCCGCUUCAGUCCUUGGCCAGGUCUCAUCCUGACGAAUACCCUCGUCGCUUCAAGAACGUCUGUAGACGUACCACGAGGCUCUUCAAGGAAUCCCGCGGUCGAACCAUCGACGGCCACACGAGCCAACGAGUCCAGAGAUCUGCCCUUGCCACCCCCGCCCUCUAGAGGAUCCUUGUCGCAUCCGUCCCAAAGUACCGCUUCCAGCCAGCAGCAGUUGCAGCCGCCUCCAUGA